UGAGAGCAGGAGCGCCUGUGACACUGGGCUGCUCUGAUUCAUGCCGUUGUGGAGUCUCGUUUUGGGGUUUGGAGAACAAUUAAUGCGACCAGACUGGAACGCAUGAAGGAGGAGAAGAUGAAUGUGGAGGCUCUGAGCAGGGCAGAGCUGCUGACGCUCCUCAGUAUCUUGGAGGGAGAACUUGAGGCCCAGGAUGUAGUCAUACAUGCUCUCAGGGCACAGCACAGAGAUGCUUUUGUCCAGGAGCGCUAUGGACAGUAUGAUCUCAGUGAUCCAUUCCUGGCCCUGCAACGGGACAAUGAAGCCACAGAGCGCCAGCACACAGUCACUCAACCUCACACACAUCUGCAGGGACGAGCAGCAGGCCCAAACCCUCUGGCUGUACUUAAACUGGUCAUGACUCACUGCAAGAGGAUGCAGGACAGAAUGAUGGGACAGUUGGCUGCUGCUGAGAGCAGACACAAAAGGAUGAUAGCCGAUCUGGAGGAGGAAAAACACCGGUAUGCCAAAGACUCUGCACGGCGUGCUGAUUUUGCCUUGAUGGUGCAGACGGAACGAGACAAACUGCUGCAACAGUUGGAGGAGGAGCGCACAGUGGUGCAGAGGUUAGAGAAGGAACAGGCACAAGUGGUAAGCAAGGUGGAGGAGUCGUUGUCCCAUCAGCAGCAGCUCUCCUCAACUCUGACACUGGAACUCCAGAAGGCCAGUAGCCAGGCUCAGGAGGAGGCCCAGAAGGUCUCCCAACUUCACACGCUGCUGCAAGAAGAGACGAGCGCCCUGGAGAAGCUCAGGGCGGUCCAUGAGUACGAGAAGAGCAGGGCAGCGCAGCUGGAAGCCAGAUCUGCGAAGCAACUGGCUGACUUUGAGGCAGAACGAGAGCAGAUGAGAGCAAGGCUCAAAGAGGAGGAGGAAAGACGCAGUGAGCUGGAGAAACAGAUGGAAGAACUGAGGAGGAGGUUGGCUGAACCGAAACGAUGUGAGGAAGAGGUAAAAGAGGCUGUAACCGAUGGGAAAGAGUCACCGUCCAAGACGGUGAUGCUCUCUGUCUCUGUUCAGACAGAGCAGGAUGGAAAGAUCAUGGUUACUCCCAAGUCCACCGUACCGCCGAAGGUCAAUGGUCUUCACUCUCAGAGAGACUCUAGAGAGAUGGACCCAUCACAGGAAGGGAGGGGGGCAGAAAAUGGGGUGGAAAAUGGAGCUGGGACACUAUUACAUUCCCCACUUCACCCUCUUCCUCACCCACAUCCUCAGUCUCCCUCCAGCACUGCUUCAUCUUCCCUCUCCUCGUCGCCAAUUUCCUCCCCAGUUCUGGCGAAGCGUCUGGGCAGCCCGGGAUUCCAUCAGUCCUGCUACCAAGCCGGAGUCAACCAGCGAUUCCAGGCUGCCCGGCACAAGUUCCAGAGUCAGGCCGAACUGGAACAGCAGCAGCACGGCGGCCCCCUUUCUCCCAGAGACCUGUCUCCCACCACCUCCUCCACCCCGCCUCCACCAGAACACAGCACGGCCAAGCAGCUGGCCCGCAACACCGUCACUCAGGUGUUGUCCCGCUUCACCAGUCAGCAGGCCGGGGUCAAGCUGGCACCGAUCAGCAGCUCUCCGUUCGGGACGGACUACCGCAAUCUGGCGGCCUCGCCUCCGGGUGGGAGGUCGCCUUCUUCGGGGCCGUUAUCUCCGGGCGUCCGCUCCCCUCUCACCCCUCGCUCGGAGAAGACCCAUCCUCCUCCAAUUCCACCCAAGAGGCCGGGCAUGAGUCCGACUCCAGGCUCGCCGAGUCACUCUGCUCGGACCACCCACUUCCCGGAGCUGACGGGGAGCUGCGGACACAGCAGCGGUGGGCAGGAGGGAGCAAAAGAAUCAGACCUGCUUUUCUCCUCAAGCAGCUCAUGACCACAUCAAACAAGCUGAUAACUAAGCAAGUCAGGGAUAAAGUAACAAUUACAGUGAUAUCCAUCUUUGCUAUCUCUUGUCAAUGGAUGCAAAAUCUAUCUAAAUCAGACACUUCAUAGCUGUACUGGCUCAAACAGAUGCCCCUCCCCCGUAUUUAUGAUUAUGCAUAUAUUAUAGAUUCUUGUAUUGGAUUUAGUAUUAUUAACAUUGCUGACUUUAUGUCGAAUUAUUGUUUAAAUUCUUUAAUUGGAAUAUUUACGUUUUAUUUUUUACCAUGCACUUAUAUUCUGCACCAGUCAAAUAGUUUUCCCUCAUGGAUUUGAAAAAACAACUGUUAUCACAGAAUUCCUCAAAACAGAACAUAGCAGCUAUAUCCCAGCCAACGAGGGGGGGGCGUACACCAGAUACAGAAACCAAGCACAACAUUCUCCAUAGUGUGAAACGGACAGGAUUUCACUGAGCAACUUCUUUUUUCCAUUUAACACCUAAACCGCCGGACAGGAUGGAUGCUGAACGGAUAUGGACCAUGACAUACAUCCUGCUUUCCUUGCAAACACUCCUGCUUUUUGAAAGUGGAUCAGAAAGACACUGUAAAUAUGCUAUUAAUUCUGUUCAUUUCCCAUAAAUGAACAUCACAUAUUUGUACUGUUUUUACGCUUUUCACUGAAACUUUUCUUGAAAAGGGAAAGCACACUUUGCACUGCUUUAUGUCUACACUUUGAGAUUAUAAUUUUUUAUUAUUCAGGGAAGGUUGAGUUCUUGCUUCACCCAAAUCGCUAUGAACCAUUGCAUCAGUUUCAUUAUUUGCAAUAAAUGUUCGAGACAUUCCUGCUUUAGAACAUAUUGGGAACUAAAGAUUUAAAUGUUACCAUUUCAUUCAUCAACUGCCAAAUUAUUUAUGUAGUAUUUUGUCUCGUCACUGUGUUAGACAUGAGAUAACUUUAAUGGGUUUGCUCUUUUAUGUCUUAUGAUCACUGAAACAAAUUAUUUUAUCUAAUUCAUCUAAAUUGGUAGAUGUAAACUAGGCUGUCUGUGUGAUGCAUCUAGUGUCAAGAAAAUCAAACAAAAAAAGCAUAUCAUAAACACCUGCAAAACCUGCAUUUUAAAUAAACCGUCCAUGCUUUAAAGCUGUUUCUUGUCUUCUUCAAAAAAGAACUCUUAGAUCUCUUGAUAGGGACACGAGGCAAAGCUCUGAAAGCAAACGCAGGAAAGGGGAAGAAAAAAAAGAAAUGGCCGAGAUGUUUAGUUCAUUUAUUUGAACGUAUGGGGCAGUACAGCCUUGAACAUUAUUGAUCGGCACACAUUUGUAGCAUAUAGUGAGGGUUGUACACAGUAUAGCUAACAAGUAACUGAUGAAGAGUCAGCCUACCCAGGAAUCAGGAAACACAGAGUAAGACCCUACAGGAGGAACAUCAUAUUUACAGUACAUAACCUUGCCAUAUGAUGACUGCUUUGCAUUCACUUGGCAUUGAUUAAUAUACAGUUUGUUACAGUUAUGAGUGCAACAUUCUAAGACUUCAACAAAAUCCAGCGUAUUAAAAUAGAAAUUUGCGUACAUGGGUGGGAUGAUGGAGGUCUUUACCAUAGGAAAGAGAAUUUGGCAAAUAAAUCGUAGUUCAUAUGAAUGCGUUUUCCUUUUUACAAAGGAAAAGCUGUACAGUAAUGCAGGUGUUGCCAAAGAAUGAGAACAGAUAAUAUGGAUGCAGCAGCACAGAGGGAGCUUUAUCUCAUUUCAGUCAUCAUCGCUUUUUAGACAUGGAGAGACUGUAGAUCAGUGGAGCACAACGGGAAACAAGUCGACACUCCAUCAGACCGAACAAGCGAUACCGAAACCCGUACAUGUGCAACAGAGCUAUGCUGAGGACUGUGCUAUACUUGAUUGUUAGCAAUUUCAUUGGAAAUGUGUGUUACUUGCUAUUGUUUAAAAUGUUAGAUUUUAAAAAGAUGACGGCAACUUAUUUUCUUGAUGUUUUUGUGAUUUUACUAAUCCACCUGAUUUCCAGUUCCACCACACGUGUAACAACUGUGACAUGAAACGUUCAAAAAUCACAUCCGACCAAAGUCAAACCCUGUUAUGUAACGAUGUGCUUGAUUCCUUGCAUCAGCAGCUUUGUGUGCUUCCCUGUGCACUGAGAGCAGUGACAUGUUCAUAGCUCUGCAUCAGUUCCAUUAAAAAAAAAAAAAAAAAACAAACGACAAAAACGAUAUCUGAACUUCUUUCCCU